AACAAAUAAUAACCCCCAACCAUAUGACACGUGGGGCACACUGGAAUCUCCUCCAAACUGAAAUUAACUGGUAAAACCCUAGACCUCAUAGCUUGCAGAGUAACAUCCAUGGCCGUCGACCACCCCAUUGCCGCCGGCCGUUCGGACCACAAUCAGUUUUUAGUGUGGAGGGAAUUUCUUUGGGGCGCAAUUGCAGGUGCUUUCGGCGAAGGGAUGAUGCACCCUGUCGACACCAUAAAAACACGCAUUCAAAGCCAAGCUAUUUUCAGCGGUGGCAAGCAUCAGAGUAGUGCAAGACAAUUGGUACGAGCUGUUUGGACUACAGAUGGUUUGCAAGGCCUUUACAGAGGGAUCACACCAGGAAUAAUGGGGUCUCUAGCUACUGGAGCUACAUAUUUUGGAGUAAUAGAGUCCACCAAGAAAUGGAUGGACGAAUCUUACCCUAAUAUUGGGGGUCACUGGGCACAUUUCAUAUCUGGAGCCUUAGGAGAUACACUUGGCUCUGUUAUAUAUGUUCCUUGUGAAGUGAUGAAACAACGCAUGCAAGUUCAGGGCUCCAAACAAUACUGGACAUCUGUUGUGGCGAAAAAAGGUUCUCAUGUCAAUCAUGGAAUGCCUGUGUAUGGGUACUACACUGGAAUGUUUCAGGCUGGAUGUUCGAUAUGGAAGGAACAAGGCAUGAAGGGACUAUAUGCAGGAUACUGGUCCACGCUUGCAAGGGAUGUGCCAUUUGCUGGCCUUAUGGUUACUUUCUAUGAAGCUUUUAAGAAUGUGGCUCAGUAUGGGAAACACAAAUUACUCCGCAACUCAAACUUUCAAACUAAUAGUUCUUUUGAGGGGCUCGUAUUAGGAGGGCUAGCUGGUGGUUUGAGCGCGUAUCUCACUACUCCCCUGGAUGUUGUCAAAACAAGAUUGCAAGUACAAGGGACAGUGACUCGGUAUAAUGGAUGGUUGGAUGCUCUUUGUAAGGUAUGGUAUGCUGAAGGAGUAAAAGGGAUGUUCAGAGGUGGCGUCCCCAGACUCAUGUGGUAUAUUCCAGCAUCGGCUCUCACUUUCAUGGCUGUAGAAUUUCUCAGAGAUCAACAUCAUAAAGUGACGAGCAUAUCAAUUGACCAAAAAAAGGAGUCACCCUUGCAAGAGAUUUCCUGAAAUAGUGGCAUCUAUUUCCUAUUUGCUCUGUUUGUUAGGAGCCAUUGUAUAGCACGACUCGAGUAGGAUUAUUGCAUUUUUACCAAUCAUGUUUUAAAUUUUUGUAAUUGGAUUUCUAGGAACAUGCAUAAAGAAUUUUGUUAGCCAAAGAAAUUUGAAAUUAUUGACAAUUUUAAUUUUCUAUCUCGUAAGGAGCAGAUUUUAUGAUCUAUCAGGUUGAUCCUUUGCAAGGAUUAUCAUUAUCAUACAUUUGAACAAACUCCUACAGGUACUGACAUUAUACAGUUAUUUUUGCUCUUCUUAUCCGUUUGAACUCGCUUUGUAGAAAUCUCCUACAUUAUGUUUGAUUGUUGAAAUUUACAAGUACAUGUAUCAGUGUGGAACAAGAUGAGUAUUUU